CCAGUUGUUGGAUGCGUGCUGCAUUUUGCAACAAACAGUACAUCCAACUUUAUCCAACUCAGCCAGCCGCUUGCAUGGUUUUAUAGCUUUACAGUAACAGUGUGGCUGAAAAUGGGCGCAGUUGACAACGGAGACCCCGCUAUGAUACUGACGUACGCAACGCCCACGAAAGUGGAUGCACUGACCAUUGGUAUCAGCAGGAAUGGUAGCGCAGAGAUUACGUUUGAUGGAUCAAAAGUUACACUCGCAUCUGGUUUCACUCAUAACAACACAUGGCAGCAUCUAACAUUUAUGCAUAUAAAUGGGAAAUUCCAAGUUUACAAGAACAAUGUCUUACAAGGGGAGAAAACAGUUUCAGGAACCUCUGCACCCAGCACAAACGGUAUCGUGGUAAUUGGCCAAUACCAGGGGUCAGUUGGGGGAAAUUUUGACUCUUCAAAGCUGUUCUACGGCUACAUGGCGAACCUGAAUAUCUGGUUAUACGCAAUUAAUGAUGAUACUAGGGGCAAAGCUCACCAACAAGGAUGUAAAGGCUCAGUACAAGGCUCCCCGGAUUUGUCAUGGGAGACUAUUACCGGUGAAACGCUCUCAGGCGACAUACAACCACAAUGCGCGAUGACAUGCCCUUAAAACAUAUCAAGCCAUUAAUUUGAUAGGCCUUAUUACUUUUUAAGACACCACAUCUAUGCCUUAAUUAUUAUAUUUAUUAGGCUUAACAACUCGUCAACAUCAUCAUCAUCACCAACAUCAUCGUCAUAAUCAUCGCAUAUCGCCAUCAUCACAACCAUGAACGUGAUAAUCAACUUUGUCGCAGGAGUUUUAUAACAACGUAGAUAGGACAAGAUAGGACAGCAUAGAUUUGAUGCUUGCUUUAUUUCCUCGUAGAACUCCCUCCGGUUCGUCUGCUCUCUGUCUCUGACUAAACCUCGGUCAGGCCAUCUUCAGUGUGACUCUGACCCCUUUACAUCGCCUCUGAUUCUCUCUCUCUUCUGAUCUCUUCUAAACUGAAAUCUUAUUUUCCUCUCUUCUCUCUCUCCUCCGAUCUCUUCUGAACUGAAAUCUUAUUCCCUCUUCUUGAUCACAUUGUUAUCGCCUCUUUAUAUACUAUCGUGACUCUUUAGUUAUUCAUACGUUUUGAGCGUUACUUAGCUAGGUGUGAGAAAGGGAAAAAGUUUAAAUGAGAAAAGAGCACCUGGUUUUCCAAGACUCAUUAGAAUCACACAUUCAUCACAAGGUGUUGGAAAUGGUUCGCGGCAAUGGUUUUGAUGCUUUGGAAAUUUUUUGUAUUCGUGGAAUUACGUGUCCCUAACUCUAGUUGCGUGACUUGAGUUGCGUGACAACUUCAUCAUCACGGCCAUUCGUAUACAUAUGACCAACAUGUAUCAUCUAAUGUGCAUAUUUUUUUUAUCAUACAUGUUGUAUUCAUACACUGAAAACGUUAUCUCUCGUUUUGUAGUUUUAUUCUAUUCGUCAUCAUAAUCAUGAUUAUUAUCAUUAUUAUUACACUCGUUAUCGUAGUAUUAACCGAAUAAUACAGAGUAAAGAACAGUGUCAUAAAAGGAGAAAUUCGAAUGUGCUGCUACUAGGCAAGAUUAUUUAGUAGACAACGAUGGAAAACACUAUUUCAUCCGAUACCAUGCGAUUAAACCAGCUCUUUUGUUUUAAAAUGACGGUAUUUUUUCGGGAAAAAAAUUUGGAUAACUAUAACCAGUGGAGAGGCAUAGUAGUAUCAUUUUCUGCAUGCCUUUUUUGUUAGAAAACGAGCAGGCGUUUUUUUCCUGGUUUAAGGCUGUACACAAAGCGAAAUCAGUGACAAAUGUCAACAGGUCAACUUUCCAUAGUUUUACAUUCAUGCAAUACUUUACAUUUGUGCUGGUUUUUACGUGGAUUGUCGCGUGCGCAGUUUUCAGCACAAUUUAGUAAGGAUACUUAUCUUAUCACUUGCCUUUGGGGUUAAAGGACCGGGGUGCACAAACGAAAUUCUUAUGGAGAAAAUUCAACUGUGAAAAGGCUCCGAGCGAUGACGUCGCAUUUGAAUCUAUUUUACCAUGUUGGGAUUUCAAAGAGAUUUCUUGCGUUUUUUUAGCAUAUUGUUUACAAUUUUAGCAUAUUAUUAACAAUUAGAAUCAGACAAUUCUUUUACAUCUAGACUAAACCUCUCUGCAUCAAAUAAAAAGGUAAACAAAUUAAUCAGUUGCAGAACAAUGUUUAGAUAAUUCACUAGCUUUUUAGUCAUUUUUUCGUGCCUUGGACCGUGUUUUUUUGCGAAGAAAGCAGAGGUUGAAUUUCAAGAUAGGCGGUUGUGAUGGCCGCCAUUAUUCGACUAUGCUUUUGCAAACGAGCUAUGACGUCACUGGCAGCGAUCAUCACGGGACAAAAGAACCCUUGGAGAUACCUCCUCCCUCCUGGACUCUGCCAAAUUUUCGUCUUUAAUAAGACUUCUUCAGGGCCAGAAGAAGUCUUGUUAAAGACGAAAUUUUGGCAGAGUCGAAUUCUAGUUUUUGAUGUAUUGUAUUCAUUCUUCUGGUUCACGAACACGACUAUUUGGGCUUUUUGUAUUUAAAGCAUCAUCAUAGUAUAUACUACUUGUACCGUUAUAUCAGGGCUCAUAAGUUGGGGCAAUCAUCUGUAUCUUAAAAGUGUCAAAUAUAUACUGUACACAGACAGAUUAUAAAUCUUAUUAAUUUUCGAACUUUAAAUUCUUUAAUAAAAUAACUUAAAAUAAAGCAUCAACAUUCGAUAUGCUGCUUCUUACCUUACUGUUAAUUAACCAAUCAGAUAGCGAGAUUAAGCGAAUACUAAACUUACUGUUAGUUACUGGCCAUAUAAAAAACCUAAUAAUAAUUUAGACUCUAAGCGAAAAAAAAAAUUCGACAUCGAAACAAUUAUUACCUAUUUUCGUUUGCAAGACAUGAAAAAAUGUCCUAGUAACAACGCUUGUGGAGAAAAAAUAAUUCAAAGCUAUUAAGAAAAUGUUUUUUUCUCCAGGAUUAAUAAAUUAAAAGAUAAAAAUAAAUCGUUUUCCCCCUUCUAUAGGCCAACAUUUUGGAUCCCUUUAGAAAAAGUCAAAUUUUCAGUAUCUGUCAUCUGACUGGCUAAUCCGCACGUCUAAAAAUAGUUUGAUCCAGAGAAACGCCGUGGUUCCUAACUGAUACCAAAAUGUGGCGAAGUUGAUUCCUCCUACUUAUGAGGCCCUGGUUUUAUCUACUAUAUCUAUACAAUUUAUCAUUUGCACAGAAAAAAAACGCUUUGAUGUAAAGAGUACAUGGCCGUAUAUACCUGGGAAUACGACCAAGUACUGGACUAUGCUAGGCACAUAGCAAGUUGGCCAAAUGUAAUAUGAAAAGAUCAGGGAAAUAAAUAACAUAAAAACUUCUUAAACAGUAAGUUUAAAAUCAAGUUCACUUACAUGUAGGCCUAUAAAUAUCAGCUUGGUACCUAUGCGUAAAUGUGUAAAUAAAGGAGAGGAAGAAGCAAAGUG